UCUCUUAGGUCCGAUUUUCUUUCAGGCGGACUUACCGCUGCGGCUUUCGAUGAUGUCGUCAGUACACAAGAGGUGUUCAACAACAUCGCAGCUGUUGUUCUGUUCUUAUCUUGGAUUAAGACGAUGAAUCAACUCGCAGCUACACUGUCCCGUUCCACAAAGGAUAUUGGUGGAUUUGCUGUCAUGUUCGCGGUGUUCUUCUUCGCCUACGCUCAAUUUGGCUAUUUAGUAUUCGGCACUCAGAUUGCUGACUAUUCGACUUUUCUCGGCUCAGUGUUCGCUCUGCUUCGAACUGUUCUUGGUGAUUUCGACUUCCACGCUCUUGAACAAACGAAUCGCGUCUUGGGACCACUAUUCUUUGUUACUUACGUGUUCUUCGUCUUCUUCGUGCUUCUGAACAUGUUCCUUGCUAUCAUUAACGACUCGUAUGUCGAAGUGAAAGCCGAAUUGGCACGGCAGAACGAUGGCGACGGAAUAUUCGACUGGAUCAGACAGAAAGUGACUCGCGGGAAGAAGGAUGACAAAAAAGUUGCCACUUACAACGACUACAAGAUAGACUUGUUGAUGGCUGGUUAUAACGAGAAGGUCAUAACGGACGCGUUCGAGAAACUCAACAUAAGCCUGAACGACGAAGUCAGCGAUGAGGCCCUAAUCGAGGUGGGAAACGAGAUUAAAGAGCAAGUUGAGCGCCAGAAAAUCAUCGACGAGGAGUAUCGUUCGACAGCAGUGUAA